CUCGGUACACUGUCCUCGGUACUCCGUGCUCCUCGUAGGAUGUACUCCGUCGAUGCAUGUCAUUGGCCCGUGCCCGCUGCCCGGAUCAACCGUUGAUCCCGGCCGAGCCACCGCCCCUCCCGCCAAAGAAAAGCUUUGCCGGUUGCUCGCGUCCACCACCCAAGCUUGCCUCGUGAGAAGCUCCUCUGUCCCCUCCCUUUCUCAUCCCUCUGAACUUUCGGGUCGUAAUCCGCCGUGUGGGAAUGAGCACUGCCCUCCCAGCUGUGGCCAUCCCGGGCCAGCGCCUGGGCUCAAUUGCCGCUUAUGUCGCAGGCCCUGGUACCCACGUCCAAAAUGCCAACAUUUAUGCCUCCAUCGCAGGCCCGGUGGUCGUGGAUCCGGCGCAACCCAGCUCCAAAACAAAGUCGGUUUUGAGUGUCUCCCGAUCCAUCCCCACAAAAGCCGCAUCCAGCACAACUGCUCCAGUGAAAUCCGCAAGCGCAGGGAAACAGAAACUGAGAUACAACACCCUUCCGGCGGUGGACUCGGUCGUCCUGGCGCGGGUGACACGCGUCCAAAAGCGACAGGCCACGGUCUCGAUUCUUGUCGUGCUUGACGAAUCCGCCAACUCUCAGCCCCUCAACCCCUCGCAAACAGCGUCGGACAAUGACAACAUCGAGGCGAUCCUCUCGUCCGCUGCCAACCCUGAGAACCAUAGCAGCUCGGACGAACUUCGCUUCCAAGCGCUUAUCCGGAAGGAGGAUGUGCGCGCGGUUGAGAAAGACCGUGUCGUGAUGGACGAGAUGUUCCGGGUGGGAGACAUCGUGCGUGGAACGGUCAUCUCGCUUGGCGAUCAAAGCUUCUACUACAUUACGACUGCACGGAAUGAUCUGGGCGUUGUCAUGGCCCGCAGCGACGCUGGUAAUAUGAUGUUCCCUGUGAGCUGGAAGGAGAUGAGAGAUCCGGUGACGGGGGUUGCGGAACUGAGGAAGGUUGCGCGCCCGUUCUGAUCGAUGGAUGGUCGUCCUCGAAAAUCACCCGAUUACCAUCGUGUUGUUCUAUGCAGCGCCAGUUUGCCGCUAAGACGGCUCCAUCCUUACAGUCGGCACUCGGGAUCCCGGAAUGCCUUGAGUGGCUGAUACUACUACCCCGGACUCUGAUCCUCCCAGCACCGCUUCUCACGCGGCCCGCUCGGGUCUGGCAGAGUCUUACUCGGGAUCUCGGAUGACACGCUUGCUGCUGAGAGUCCGUCGCGGAAGCGCGGACCC